GUAUCAUGUUCAAUAGGCGAGGAACAUGGCGGAUAGUAUGGGCGCCCUGUAGUCGCGUGAGGAGAGGAGAGGAGGGGUGACGCUCGAGAGAUAGAAAGUGAAACGAGAAGGAAGAAGCACACGUCCCAGAUGGCGUUCAUGUCCCGGUUCUCCCGGUCCCGGAGCAGCUCGAGAUCUCCCAACAGGAAAGAUUCGGGGCGCGGGUCCCCGGUGCUAACAGUGUCUGAGCUGGAACGGCUCCUCUACACUGGGAAAACAGCGUGUAACCAUGCCGACGAGGUCUGGCCCAGGCUCUACAUUGGAGACCAAGACAUUGCAUCAGACCGGCGUGAGCUGGCACGGCUUGGCAUCACCCACAUCCUGAACUGUGCCCAGAGUAAGUGGCGCGGCGGGGCGGAGUACUACGCUGGCAUGGACAUCACCUACCAGGGCAUCGAGGCCCACGACACGCCCUCCUUCGACAUGAGUGUCAACUUCUACCCCGCUGCAGAGUUCAUACACAGAGCCCUCAGCAGCGCUGGUAAGGUGCUGGUGCACUGUGCGGUGGGUGUGAGUCGUUCGGCCACGCUGGUUCUGGCCUACCUGAUGAUCCGUCAGAACCUGACCCUGGUGGAGGCCAUCAAGGCAGUGAAGGACCACCGUGGCGUAAUCCCCAACCGGGGCUUCCUACGCCAGCUCAACGGCCUGGACAGCAUCCUCCGGGACAACCGCAAGGCUCUACACUCCCCAACCUCCCCGACCUCUCCAACCUCUCUUUAGAGCUAACAGGCUAACACAGCUAAAUACACUACUUUAGAGUUGUAACAAUGCUAACCCAUCUACAAAACCUGGGUUAACCAGGGUAAACCAUUUUUUCAACCAGAAAAAUACAUCAGCAACGUGUGUGUCAUUGUCUUUCCCAUGUCUUCAUCUCGUCAUGAAAAAGGCGUCUUUACCUGGUUGAAACAGAGACCAAUUGGUCGGAAUCUGGUUUUAUGACAUCUUCAAAACCAGAAAAACAGUUUACAACCAGAAAUGGAUAUAAUUCAAACGUCAGGCAGAAUGUAUUUCCUGCUGUGUGGUCGUGUGACAAUAGUUGUCUGUUCCCCUUUUUAUCUUUGGAUAAAAGCGCCUGGGUCUUGACUAACAGGCCCAGGUAUUGUGGUCAGUUAUACAGUACUAACUAUAUGGUAGAAUUGCGUAUCAAUGGGAUAUAAAUCAUGCCUUAUAUAGAAGUAACUUCAACCUAUACAGUGCAGUAGAGACAUGGAGACAUUUUGAUGACAUGUACAAUCAUAUCAUUCCCAAAUGGCCAUUCCAAGACAUUUAAAUGUUUCCCCUUAAACUACUCGAGUGUUGCUUUAGCAGUAUGUUUAGUAUCAUUGUCCUGCUGGAAGGUGAACCUCCAUCACAGUCUCAAAUCUCUGGAAGACUGA